AUGGGACUAGAAGAAGAAACAAUUGAUUACUAUGAACUUCUUGGGAUAUCAGAAGAUGCACAAGACGCUGACAUUAAUCGUGCAUGGAGGAAAACUUCUCUAAAGUACCAUCCAGACAAAAAUCCAGACGAUCCAAAUGCUGCCGAGAAGUUCCAUUUACUACAAAUAGCUUACAAUGCUUUAACGGAUACAAAGACGCGUCAAGCUUACGAUGCUGAACGACUGGCCAAGCUUGCUCGUCAAAGACGCGAAGAAGCAUUCGAUCUAAAUAGAAGAACAAUGGCCGAUAAAUUAAGGGACAGGGAAAAAGGAUUUUAUUUUUCGGAACAGCAGAAAGAUUUAGAGAAUAAUCGUUUGCGGGAAAAGUUGCGUUCUUUACAAGAGCAAAGUGCUAGAUUACGACGAGAACGUGAAGAAAGAUUAUUUCAAGGUGACGAUUCAAACAAAAGAAAAAGAGAAGAAAGUCCGGAGAAAACUCGGUCUAUAUCUGAUCUUGAUCGAUCUGUGAAGGUCCGUUGGAAGAAAAAGUAUGUCGACCAAGUCGAUGAAUCUUUACUACGUUCUUUCUAUUCGAAUUUUGGUCCAAUUCACGAUAUAAUAAUUCAAAAAACUGUUAAUGAUGACAAAAAAUACGUUUACGCUAUUCUUGUUUUUAAUACCUUGGAUGCCGCUUAUUCUGCAGUAACAGCAGAAUCCCCUUCAGUCAUUAAGGAUGCUCAAUGGCUAAAGCCUUCAGAAGGAAAGAAAAGCGUUGAAGAAAAACAACCUAAAACAUCAAUGGACUACGAAGAAUUAACGAUGUUGCGAAUGAAACAGAAGCAACGCGAAAGGGAACAGGAAAUGAAAGCAACAACGGCCGAGACUUAA